AUGAAGCGACAGAUUGGCCUUUUAGCUGACUAUUCGAGCUCAGAAGAAGAAGAGCACGAUGAACAGAAGAUUGUUGCGACUAAACCUGAACCGCCAGCCAAAAGAAAGAAGCUGCCUGCUCUUUCCGAGAGUAUAUCUGGUCCAAUACACAAAGAUGACCCUGCACUUCACCAAGGUCGUAUACGAACAACGCCGCAUGUCGAGGGGCAGUUCGCAGCCCAUGUGUACGUUUCCCUGAGUUUGAAAGGGAACCCAACACUUUACAAGUUACUCAAGGAGGUUCUUCGCGAUGCAAAAGAACUGGUACCCACAUUGCACGAGCUGGUAGCCUUCGACACAGGGUACAGCGACCUUCACGUGUCACUGUCCCGUCCUGUGUUUCUCCGAGCUCAUCAACGCGAGGAAUUCAAACGGUCCGUCAGGAACAUAGCAAAGGAACAAUCGCCAUUUGCCAUCUCCUUCGCUGCUUUCUCGGAGUUGACCAAUGAUGAGAAAACUCGCACUUUUCUGGUUCUGGAAGUUGGUGCGGGGCAUCACAACCUGCGAACUUUGGCCAGCUCAUUGACGUCAGUUAUGAAGUCCUUCCGCCAGAAGGAAUACUACGAAAGCCCGCGAUUCCAUGCGUCCAUUGGUUGGGCAUUGUUGGACAUACCAUCGCCCCUGGAUCACGAACGCAAGUCCGCCGCUCGGACCGCCAGCCCCCUCGACUUCCCUACCAUCCCUCGCUUCCCCAAUACCCUGUUACCGUUUCUUGAGGAGAAGUAUCACAAGGCCCUGACCUCAGGAAAAGUCGCUGUCUUUCAUGUGGACCAAGUGACUGUCAAGAUCGGGAAGGAGAUAUCCUGGUGCUCGGAGAGGUAUGGCUCCCGAUACGGCAAGAGUGGUCACCUCCUAUCUUCAGCCAACCAUGGAAGCACCACCUGA